CUACAUUCACUAUGACAUGCUGGAGAGGACUCAGUACAGGGCAGAAAAUAGCUGUUACUGUUGGUGUGUCAGCUGGAACUGCUAUUAUAUAUAUCUGCUAUAUCAAAUACUGGAAGUUCUGGAAGAGGAGAGACUCAAAGACUUCACCACUUAUUGAUACAGAUGUUGAGCUUCACAUUACAGUUCCACAAGAAGCUGUGAAGUUGCUUGUUGGACGAGGAGGAACUAUCAGGAAGCGGCUAAAAAAACAGAGUGAAGCCCACAUUGAAGUGACUGAAAUACCAAAUGGAAAGGGUGAACAUGAGCUUACUAUCAAAGGAACCCCUAGUCAGGUCAGCCAAGCCAAGGAAGCAGUGUAUGGUAUUAUGAAUGAGAAUGCAGUUCUACGGGUGGAGAUACUCAUUCCUAAUAGAUGUGUGUGCCGUAUUAUAGGGCAAGGUGGAGAUCGUAUUCGUUCUAUUAGCAAGAACUCUGGGGCAAAAAUCCAAUGUGAAAAGAGAACUAGUGAAACAGAAAUGGCCCAGACGAGGCGAGUUACGAUAAUUGGGACCAAAGAGCAAAUUGACGCAGCCAAGGGGCUGAUACAGAAGUUGUCAGAGGAAGAAGAACACGUCAAACAGAGAGCAGCAGAAUCCUCUGCAUUCCGCUGCCGAAGGAAAGAGAUUAUAGCCGUGAAGAAAAGAGAGGGGGAGCAGGCGAAUACUGUAAGUGAAGAGACUUUUGAGAAUUGCAAUCUUUCGGAGGCUGGAGAUGGCACAAUAUCAAGAACCAGAACAUCAAGCAAGGGCGGCAUUACUGACACAACCUAUGAAGUCUCCAAGUUUGAGGUUCCAAGCCCUGAUUUUACCUUCCGUGCAGACGAAUAUGUCGACAUCUACGUUUCAGCUACAGAAAACCCAGAGCACUUUUGGAUCCAGAUUUUGGGCACCAGAUCCUCCCAGCUUGAUAAACUGACCACUGAGAUGUCAGAAUACUACCAGAAUCAGCAACAGGCAAUGCCAGAAAUUCGUGUUGGGGACAUUGUGGCUGCACCAUUCCACACAGACACUUUCUGGUACAGGGCAGAGGUGCAAGGAUUCGUGGAGAAUGGGAACGUGGAUCUUUAUUAUGUGGAUUAUGGGGAUAACUGGGAUACAGCUCGGAAAAACCUCUUUCCGCUACGGAGUGAUUUCCUGAGCCUUCCUUUUCAAGCCAUUGAAUGUAGUCUUUUUGGAAUAUCUCCUGCCGGUGCUGAAUGGUCCCAGCAAGCUCUAAAUGAGUUUGAUGAUCUGACACAUUGCGCAAAGUGGAAGCCAUUGCUUGCUAAGAUCUCUAGCUUCCCCUCUCCUGGUGUCUGUUGCUAUUUCCAAGUCCAGCUGUUUGACCCAUCCACAGAUCCUAUUGUAAACAUUGGGAAUAAGCUAAUAAGCAAAGGUUUUGCUGUGGAACGUAAACAGAUACCGGUGCGAGCGGAUGACGACGAUGAUAAACUGGUGGCACAGCUGGUGGAGGAAGUCACCAGCCUCUCCUUGGAGUUUGGUAAAGGCACCUUUGCAAGCAGGCAAGAACAACAUCAACUUUCAACUGACGGUUCAUUUGACUUAUUGAGGUCAGAUGUGGAGCAUGUGGCUGCAUCCAGUUUGGAACCCCCAUGCAGACUGAUGUCCACACCUCUAAAUUACCCUGCAUCCGCAGUGGAGGAGGAGAGCUUGGAGGAAGUAAUUGCCAAAAUCAAGAUCAGCAAUGAUGAGAGAUCCGUAGCCAGCUCAGAAACUACACCUCCUGCCCUUUCAAGUAACUCGUCUACUUUAUCAAGUGAUUCUUCAACCAGUUCCUCAUCCAACUCCAGCAACUCUUCCAACAGCUCCAUAGGACAGAGCUUACUCUCCUCUCCAAUGGAUGACAGCAGUAUCUACUCCCCACGUGGCUGUUUUUAUUACCUCACAUCUGAAGAGACUUCCACCAGUACAGGAUUCAAUAGCUCCUCUUGUGAUAUCAUUACUAUUAGCUCAGAAAGUGAGGAUGAACAGACCCAGACUGAAAAGGCUCGCUCUGGUGAGAUGACAGUGGAGUUCAGUGAUGCCCUUUUGAGUUCAGGAAGUGACGACGAUGUAAUCUUGGUAGAGGACUAG